CUGAAGCGUAUCUCAGGUAUUGUUCUGUGAGAUCGUUCGACGCGUUCCCUUCCAUUUCCCACUGUUGGGGUCACUGGUUCGUGCACUCUCUUUCCUGAAAAUCGAAGGCCAAGUGCGGAGUGAGAGCUUCCCAGUGGGGAAGGCAUGGGCGUCGACUACUACAAGGUUCUUCAUGUAGACCGAAGCGCCAACGACGAUGAUCUCAAGAAGGCCUAUCGAAAGCUUGCUAUGAAGUGGCACCCUGAUAAAAACCCUAACAACAAGAAAGGGGCUGAAGCUAAAUUCAAGCAAAUAUCCGAGGCUUAUGAUGUUUUGAGUGAUCCGCAAAAGCGAGCAGUGUAUGAUCAGUAUGGUGAGGAGGGGUUGAAUGGGCAGGCACCGCCACCCGGCGCUGCCGAGUUUUCCGGUGGACCAACGACGUUUCGGUUCAACCCGAGAAGUGCGGAUGAUAUAUUUUCGGAGUUAUUUGAGUUUUCCAGCCCGUUUGGUGGAAUAGGCGAAACGGCAGGGCGUGCUGGCGGGUCCACUUUUCACCGUGGUGCGUUUGGCGAUGAUAUUUUUGCUUCAUUUAGGAGGGGAGGUGGAGAUGGCUCAGGGAAUAUGCCAAGGAAAGGUGCAGCUAUAGAACGAAAACUGCCAUGUAGUUUGGAGGAUUUGUAUAAAGGAACUACAAAAAAAAUGAAGGUUUCGAGAGAUGUUGUCGAUGCCACUGGGAAGCCGACCUCAGUAGAGGAAAUUCUUGCAAUUGAGAUCAAGCCAGGUUGGAAGAAAGGAACAAAAAUAACUUUUCCAGAGAAGGGAAAUGAACGGAGAGGAGUUAUACCUGCAGACCUUGUCUUCAUCAUUGAUGAGAAAACUCAUAGUGUCUUCAAGAGGGAUAACAAUGAUCUUAUUGUCACCCAAAAGAUAUCUCUCAUCGAAGCCCUGACAGGUUAUGUGACGCAGCUGACUACCCUUGAUGGCCGGAAUCUUACUAUUCCCAUCAAUUCAAUCAUUAGUCCCUCAUAUGAAGAAGUUGUUGAAGCAGAGGGCAUGCCUAUUCCCAAAGAACCCUCCAAAAAGGGUAACUUGAGAAUCAAGUUCAACAUCAAGUUCCCCUCCAGACUCACAUCAGAGCAGAAAAUUGGCUUUAAGAAACUACUGACAUCACCGUGAAUUCCACUAGUAGUUCUUGCUGCCAUUUACCAUAUCAUGUAAGAUUGCAUCUGCUUUGCUUUCUGUUUUCAAUUUUGAAAUGGGAAUCCAUGCUUUGUGAAGUCUGUUAAUAUUUGGACCAAAUGAUAAUUAGGAUUUUCAGGUGUCUUACUUUAUUGUGUCUAAUUUUAGACUGUUCUUUUGCCGCUAA